AUGGACCUUGCUAUCCAACCUUUAUCCUUCGCUCUGACCUUCUUUAUCAACUCUUCCUUGAUCUACCUAAUCGUUACUAAAUCCCCAAAAAUCAUGGGAACUUAUAGACACUUGAUGAUUUAUUUCUGCUGCUUUUCUAUAUUUUUCAGCAUCAUUGAUGUUAUAGUUCAACCGACGAUGUUCACCUAUGGAAGCGGAUAUUUUAUGAUAAUUGAUGUUAAGAAGAGGGGCAUUCCACCAGAAGUGGCUGUAUUCUUUAUGAAAGUUCUUUGUGGUUGCUUUGGAGUCACAAUUUAUGGGAUUGCGAUUCAUUUUGUUUACAGAUUUUUUGCACUAGAGAGAAAAGGAAAACUGAAAUAUUUCGAGAUCAAUUAUCUAGCUCUUUGGUUUGUGAUCCCAGUGGUUGGCGGUUUUUCGUGGUAUAUAACCAUCGAGAUAUUUUUCGAAUCUGGUUCUGGUUCUCUGGAGACUGAGUAUUUAAGAAACAUGUUCAAUAAAUCGAACUUGAAUUUCGCGGAUUUUGCAAGCAUUGGUGGGGUAUACUAUUCAACUAAUAACAGUGUGAACUGGAGAAGUAUUUCUGGAUAUUCCUGUUUUGUUAGCAUAAUGGUGAUUGCUUUUAUAAUCAUUGUGGUUGCUGGUUGGAAAAGUUGGAAAAUUGUCUCGAAACUUCUGGAACAUGGAGAAUCGGAUUUUUCGAGAAAACUACAAAUGCAAUUGUACAAAGCUCUAGUGGCGCAGACAACUGUCCCCAUUAUUCUAUUGUUCAUCCCAUUUGGAAUCUUAUUCACCCUCCCAAUUUUCAAACUUGGUUGCCAGUUUUUGAACCGAAUCAUUGUUUUGAUUUUUGCAUUUUAUCCGGCUAUUGAUCCAUUACCAAUUAUUUAUUUUGUCGAUUAUUACAUGGUUUCUGUGUUGGGUAAAACAUUAAAAACAAUUUUGAUUACUUUCAGGAGUUUUCAAAUGCAAAAUGAAUCAAAGUCAUGCAACAGU